UUUCUGUCUAACUUGACAGUGAGCAGCACAACACCUCCCGUGCAGCGGACUGACGGACUAACCUGACGGCGCAUCCACCGGGAGACACUGUGGAUAUUACCUCAGCGCGGUUUAUAUCCUGACAUUAUCCCCUAGCACGGUUUAGCCUCUUCGGGGCUAAAUAAGGAGGAAUCCUGGAAGCACCCGGAGAACCGCGGAUAUCUACGCGGCAGGGAUGCUUCGUGACCAGCGGCAGGUGUGAGGAGAUGGCGGGGGAGCAGCCGGCGGGCACCGGCCGGGUGGUGUUGGUGAAGAAGAUCAUCAUGAAGGACGGGGCAGCGCUCCAGCAGGGUAUCGGCAGGCCCAGUGUGUAUCAUGCAGUGGUGGUAAUCUUCUUGGAGUUCUUCGCCUGGGGUCUGCUCACCACGCCCAUGCUCACCGUUUUACAUGAAACGUUUCCCCAGCACACUUUCCUGAUGAAUGGACUCAUUCAGGGUGUGAAGGGUCUACUGUCAUUCAUGUCUGCUCCUCUGAUUGGUGCGCUGUCAGACGUGUGGGGCAGGCGGUCCUUCCUAUUAGUCACCGUGUUUUUCACCUGCGCCCCAAUCCCUCUGAUGAGGCUCAGCCCCUGGUGGUACUUCGCCAUGAUCUCCAUGUCUGGAGCUUUCUCUGUCACCUUCUCGGUCAUCUUCGCCUACGUUGCCGAUGUGACGGAUGAAAGAGAGAGGAGUACAGCCUACGGUCUGGUGUCGGCUACCUUCGCGGCCAGCCUGGUGACGAGUCCGGCCAUCGGGGCUUACCUGUCGGCCUGGUAUGGAGACAACCUGGUGGUUCUGGUGGCCACGCUGAUCGCUCUGGCCGACAUCUGCUUCAUCCUGCUUGCCGUGCCCGAGUCUCUGCCGGACAAGAUGAGGCUCAACACCUGGGGGGCGCCUAUAUCCUGGGAGCAGGCAGACCCUUUCGCUUCUCUGAGGAAGGUGGGUCAGGACUCGACGGUCUUGCUGAUAUGUAUCACUGUGUUCCUGUCUUACCUGCCGGAGGCCGGACAGUACUCCAGCUUCUUCCUCUACCUGAGACAGGUGAUAAAUUUCUCCUCCACAACCAUCGCUGUGUUUAUUGGAGUGGUGGGCAUUCUGUCCAUUGUAGCACAGACCCUCUUCCUCACUCUGCUGAUGAGGACUCUGGGUAAUAAAAACACUGUUCUGUUGGGUUUGGGCUUCCAGAUCCUUCAGCUGGCCUGGUAUGGCUUCGGAUCAGAGCCAUGGAUGAUGUGGGCAGCCGGUGCUGUAGCAGCAAUGUCCUCCAUCACCUUCCCAGCAGUCUCUGCUCUGGUGUCACAGUCUGCUGAUCCUGAUAAACAAGGUGUGGUCCAGGGAAUGAUAACAGGAAUCAGAGGUCUGUGUAACGGUCUGGGUCCAGCUCUGUACGGAUUCGUCUUCUUCCUCUUCAACGUCGAGCUCAACACCAUGGACCCCAUCCAAGGAGACUUCAACAUCGACCCCCUGCCUCUGCACAGUCCCACUGAGCGAGCUCUCAUCCCAGGCCCACCUUUCCUGUUGGGGGCGUGUACCGUGGUCGUCGCCUUCCUCGUCGCUCUCUUCAUCCCCGAGAAACCCUCCCCUUCCUCCUCGUCCUCCCACCUGUCCCUCAGCGACAAGCCCCACCCAGACAGCAAAGAGUCGCUGUCCUCGCUGGCUGGCGUUCACAUCAACACGCCGCUCCCCGGCAGCGACGAGGAGACGCCCCCCACCGCCAGCGACGAGGACUUUGAGCCGCUGCUGCAGGACAGUAUCGUUUGAUGGACAGGUGAAAGGACCACAGAGGGUGGGACUAACAUUAUGGUUUGAUUGAUUGACAUUUUGUUACCAGCAAAAAGAACCAGUAACACAUUUUCUUUGCCACAGGGCGGGACUUUUGAUUGUCGGAAGAUUGUGAUUGACAGCGAGAAGCUCCAAUAGUAUUGUUUCUUUGCCUGAGGGCGGGACUAACAUUACUUCACUGAUGAGGAGCAGUGGCAGUAACAUCUUCUGAAUGACCAAUAAAAAUAAUUCUUAAACAAGGUGGCGGGAGCAAAGAGCUGCACAUAAGAUGUCAUCAUUUGAUUGGACAGAAGAGACAAAGAAGAUUAUUUUAGUGAGAGGACGAGGGCGGAGCCACAGGACACCACGGUUAAAAUGGAAACCAUCGUUUGAUUGACAGGUGUUUUUUAUGGAAAGAGGCCCGUUUUGGGAGACGCCCACUUAAAAUGGGAAAGAGAAGUAUUUUUGUGGUUUUAAUGGAAGGAUUAUUGAUUAUCUUUUAAGCUUGAAGUUGUUGAUUGUUUUUGUGAUAAACAAGAAAAGGUGUUUUUACCUUCAGCUGUAUCAUUUUGAAGCCGUAUUUUAAUGCCGUGUUUUAUUUUUUAUCGGUUAUUGUACAAAGGAAACAUGUCUGCAACAUAUUUACAGCAGCCAAAAACAUCAGUGUUGUUUUGUACACUUUUUUUGUUGAUGAAGAACACAUUUUUUGUUACAGUUUUUCUUUUUGGCAGGGUAACGGGAUUUCUAUUCUUUUUAAGUGUACAGUAUCUUUACCUGCCAUGAGCUAUCGACGCUUACAAGGUAUGAAUGUGACGAGCUGAGAGAUGAGUCAACUACCUAAAAUCCAACAUGUCAAAAUAUCACUUUUAAUACUUAUUUUCAUCUCAAAGUAAUUUUCUGUCCAAGUUUUCUCUUUAGUUUUAAUUUCUUGAAAUUUAAUCCAGAACAUGAGAGAGAGAGAGAAUUGUUUUG